CGAGUCGUAUUUCCGCUUUGUCGACGGAAGUGGCGGCGCGGCCAUGCUCGAGCAGCUCGAGUUCUUUUAGGUUGGUUUCGAUAGCAGCACGUUGUCGGAACGGUAAACCGCCAUGCAGAUCUUCGUGAAGACCCUCACGGGUAAGACCAUCACCCUCGAGGUCGAAGCCUCCGAUACCAUCGAGAAUGUCAAGGCCAAGAUCCAGGACAAGGAGGGAAUUCCGCCGGAUCAGCAGCGACUCAUCUUCGCUGGCAAACAGCUGGAGGAUGGGCGCACUCUCUCCGAUUACAACAUCCAAAAAGAAUCGACCCUUCAUCUGGUACUUCGUCUCCGAGGAGGCGUCAUUGAACCCACGCUGCGUAUACUUGCGCAAAAAUACAACUGUGACAAAAUGAUCUGUCGCAAGUGUUACGCUCGUCUUCAUCCACGAGCGACUAAUUGCCGUAAGAAGAAGUGUGGCCACACGAAUAAUAUCCGACCAAAGAAGAAGCUGAAGUAGACUAAAUAUCCAAUUCCAUUUUCUAUGUUACGGAAAUGGAGAUGUAUAUUUCUUAUAUAUGGCAUCAAAAUAAAUUACAACUGGUAAACUGA